GACCAUGCUGCUGCACUGCAAUGGUUCAGGGAGGCGCAGCACCGGGACUUGAAGGAGGAGCCCAGCAACGACCUCUACGAGCGGGCUUUGUCUUAUCGAUACUUCCAUCCUAGAGCUGACGCAGAGGCCUCGCCCGAGGUGCACCGAAGCGCGAGUGCGGAGAGCCGUCUUUGGGAGGGCCCUGGUCCGGUACCCUCCAACUCGUUGUUGGAGAAGCACGAAGAGUUCACCUUGCCCAACCUGGUUUUCAGAAAGGGUCCAGUCGCAGCUUUCCGGCUAUCCGAGAAGUCAACCCACGCCGAAAGCAGACUGCCAUCGCGCCCGACCACAGCCAAGCACCUCCGUGCUUCAGCCAUGUACGCACUGCAUUUGCUGGGGCAUCACGCCUACGGCUCGAAGCAGGGUGCCAUUUAUACCGUCGACUUCGAUCCGAAGAAUCAGCAGGUGGCGGCUGUUCCUCUUCCGGAUUUGCUGCAGGCUGCUUUCGAUGCCCGGCCGUGCUUCGGGGCCGUCUACAACGUGGCAGCACGCCACGGAACCCCCGAGUUGGACCUGGAGGCCGCGGUGGACAGAACCCACAUGGCCUUGCAGCACGGGUGCCCCCACGUCGGACAGGACCUGUUGGCCGGCUUCAAAAGCGAGGCCUAUGUUGGUGACGACUCCACUCCUGAUGCAAAUUUGCGCGAGGCGAGCGACAACUUUCAGGAAGAGGAGUACCAGCUGGACGAUUUCAACAAAAAGGUCCUCGAGGAUUACAAGGAGGCGUUUACCGGCCACAUCCGAGCAGCAGAGCUUGAGGAGUUGCCGAAGCACAUGCUGGAUUGGCAGAACUACCUCUCCAAUCUUCUUGCGAAGCAGGCAGGGGUGCCUGGCUUGGACCUCAUCGCAGCUGCAGCGGGCAACACGUACAUUUCUGUGGACUACCAAGGCGACUACGAGCCAAGGGAUGAGAACAUUGCGGUCGAG